UCUUAUCAGGAACGAAAGAAAACCGCUAUGUAGCGAAACUGCUUUAGGAGAAAACGAGCAACAUAGCAGCGACUCUAGGAUUGUUUACAAUAAUUCGAAGCGGCGCGGCGGUAUAGUAUAAACCCGUUUUGAAGAUGAAAGUGAGAUAACACGUGUGUGUUUGUUGUUAAGAGCAGAAAUGGAGAAGCCGUCGCGUCUGUUGUGCUCCGAGCUGUGUGUUCAGCGCAGACUGUUUGAGGUCACAUUAAACCGCACGGCUCUUGCGUGGAAAGACACAGAGAUCACCAAAAAACACACCGGACGCGCCAUAUAUGGAGCUGUCAAAGCGGGUAUUCAUUGUGUCCCAGUGUGUGAAAUUAUAGCAGUUCAGGAAAAAGAAGAUGACUCUCCUUGUAAAGACACUGGGAAAUGGCAGAAGGUUCCUCCGAGCCCAGCGGACUCAUACCAGCAUGCUUUCACAGUGUUCUACGUAGAGAGGAUGAGGCAGCACUGCUGGCGGUGCAGCAAUGUGACUUUUCACUGCUCUGAACAUUCCACGUGUCUGCUCUGGGUCCAAACUAUUAGGGAACAACUUGCAUUGUUGACCAAUCGACCAAAGAAUUUGCUAGUGUACAUCAACCCCUAUGGAGGAAAACAACGUGGGAAGCAGAUUUACGAUCACAAAGUGUCCCCCAUCUUUUCCCAGGCUUCCAUUUCCACCGAUGUGAUUGUUACUGAGCGUGCAAAUCAUGCCAGGGACCACCUCAAGAUGGAGGCUGAUCUGAAAAAGUAUGAUGGUGUGGUGUGUGUUGGAGGAGAUGGCAUGUUCAGCGAGAUUAUGCAUGGCCUUGUCUCCCGUACACAGCAAGAAGCAGGUGUGGACGACAACUCUACGGAGGAGACCCUUAUGCCAUGUGGACUUCGCAUUGGCAUCAUUCCUGCAGGUUCGACUGACUGUAUAUGCUACGCAACGGUUGGCUCAAAUGAUCCUGUCACCUCAGCACUGCACAUCGUUGUGGGUGAUUCUCAGCCAAUGGAUGUCUGCUCAGUGCACAAUGAAGACCACUUCCUGCGUUACUCUGUGUCACUAUUGGGUUACGGGUUCUACGGAGAUGUACUGACAGACAGUGAGAGGAAGCGCUGGAUGGGCCCGGCCCGUUACGAUAUCUCAGGUGUUAAAACGUUUCUGUCACAUCGCUACUAUGAGGGAACGGUGUCUUUUUUACCUGCUGAAGGGAACUCAGGAACUCCCAGAGACAAAAUGCUGUGCCGAUCUGGGUGUAGUAUCUGUCAGCAAUCGUCUUCUGAUGACCUGGUCAGCAAAAAUGAAGACAGCGUUUCUGAUGCUGAGUGUCAGGAUACAUGGACGGUCAUCAGAGGAAAGUUCUUGGCCAUCAAUGCAGCCAGCAUGAGUUGUGCUUGUCCUCGCAGUCCUAAAGGUCUGUCGCCGUCAGCGCACUUAGCAGAUGGAAGUACUGACCUCAUCCUCGUCAGGAAGUGCUCCAGACUCAACUUCCUGUGCCACCUGCUGCGCCACACCAAUAAGAAAGACCAGUUUGAUCACUCUUUUGUGGAGGUGUACCGGGUCAAGCAGUUCCGAUUUACCCCCAGAUACCAGGAGUGUGAUUCCGAAGUGGACCUGAGAGAGAGCGGAGCAACAGGCAAGCAGUUUCUUAGUCAGAUCUGCAAGGAGCACAGAGCCUGUGGCUGCAUGCCUUCCCAGAGCAACUGGAACUGUGAUGGAGAGAUCCUUCCACACACUGCCAUUCAAGUCCGAGUCCACAACCAAUUGAUCAAGCUGUUUGCGAGAGGCAUUGAAGAGCAGCCGGUGUUUGAGGACCCGUUCGCUCACUGUGCAAUAUAGAUCCCCACUUCACUUAAGAAACCUCUAGCUGGAUCAUGAAGAAUUGAGAUUCUCUGAAUGGAAGCAUCACCUUCAGCUCAGCACAAUAUCAUACCGUUUCUUAUGCUGUUUUACCCAGAUAAUCCUCAUGAAGAUGCUUUGGAAACCCACUGAGCUGGAGUCAACAGCAUUUAAACAGGCUGUAUUAGUUUUGUGUAAGAUAGGAUUAGCUGUUUCAGCUAGCCGUUAGUAUUGCCGUUUUUUCAUUUCAACCCUUGAAGACCUUGAAGUUACUGGUGAUAUAUCUCAUGUUGUAUGCGACGGCUUCCAGUUGUCAAGCAUUUGUCUUCCACCAUGAUCAAGCUGGUCUUGAGAGUAGCGGAAAUUGAAUCCCAAAGUCAAAUUCCUGGAACUGUGAGAGCUCUGGUAUGUUUAUAAAUACAUUCUUCUUGGUUGCACCAAAACACUGUUUUUUCUAGACUUUUCUAGAGGUGGUCAGCUGAAGUUACUGGUAUACCAAAAAAGGUUUAUGGUUUAUGUUGAACGCUUUGUUGGUCAUUCAAAAAUGAUAGUUCUGUUAUCAUUUUAU